CUUAAAACAAACAAGAUUCCAUCAGCUAUAAUUCAUACACUUCGAUGGGAAUGUCCUACAUUUUCGACGAAAGCAGAACUAAACAAGCAUUUGGUUGGUGCAUGUUUCUACUUUAAGGUUCAGUGUUUGUUUUCGCCAAUCAUGAGACCAGGUCUUUAUAAUGUGCAUGCAACCAACUGUCAUAAUAAUAAUACGUGCCUAAAACUCGAGCUUUCCAGACAGGAAUUUCAUAAACAUUCAGAUAUAGCGGCAUUAGAUCCGAUUUCACAACGAUUACCUUCAACACCAAAUAUUUUUCCAUAUCAUUGUUCAUUAUGCGAUCAUUGUUUUCUAAAAUCAGAUACUCACAUAUGUAUGCCAUCUCCACCAAUUCCAGAAUAUGAUAUAAUAUGUCAUGGUUGUAAAUCAAAACUAGAUCAACCGAAAAAAACAAAGUACGAGUUAGAAAAUAAAUGUCAGGUUUGUUGUAAUCAGGAUAAUAAUAAUCCAAUAGUGAUCGGUAUGGUUGGAAUGGUUAAUUUUCCUAAUGGAAAGAAUCAUGGAAUAGAAAAUCAAAAAAUGCAAUGGAAGAAUGUUAAACGGAACAUUAUUAAAUCUUAUGAUAAAACUCAUGAAACUAAGGCAA